AUGGUGUUUCACCAUCGCAGAAAACUCAUGCCAAAAAUCUGCGAGUCCCUCUGCCAUGUGGAGCAGAAUUCUUCUUCAAAUUGUGAUUAUUGCCUCAAAAUCUACAUCACCAAUCCCCAAUACUACUAUUAUUCCCAACCACCGCCACCGAUUCCUCCUCUCCCCUUAGACGAUACAUCAGACCAUGGAAAAAGCCACGCGCUCUCGCCCUACUUGGUCCCUGCUCUCUCCGUUAUCGGAGUUGCUUUCUUCAUUGUUAUUUGCUGUGCAAUCUUCGCGAGGAUCUUCAGAAGGAGGAGAAGAUCCUUAUCGCCACCGUUGAGUCUUCGAACACAGGAUAAUACGCAUGAUGAUUUCUUCGUUGAUGAGGAGCACGGUCCUGUGGUGGACCACCCGAUCUGGUUCUUGAGUGUUUUGAACUUCAACCCGAUAACAUCUCAUGCUUCACAGAUUCUUGGAUUUAAGUUUCAAUAUUAUUAG